AUGUCAGACUUCCUCACCUCCCCCUCUCCUUCUCCCCCUGCCCUCUUCCACUGCGACUACAGCGACUGGUCUCCCUCCUUCUCCAUCAUCCCGUCCGUCUACCUGCUGGCCUUUUUGGUUGGUUGCCUCGGCAACGGCCUGGUGUUGUGGGCCUACAUGGACCGACCCGAUGGAAGGGGAACCGGAAAGACCUGUUUCACUGGCCUGAUCAGAAUCAGACAGCAGAGCAUUAGCAACACUGGUGGAUCUCCUCAGAAGAAAACAGAUGGAUCUUCAUCAGAACAAAGACCCUCCUCUCACUCCUCUCACUCCUCCUCUCAUCCUCCCUACAUCCCCCGUCCCCCCCGCUCACUCACAGACUCCCUGAUAGCCAGCCUGGCGUUGGCUGACCUCUGCUUCCUCGUCACUCUCCCUCUGUGGGCGGUGUACACGGCCAUGGGCUACCACUGGCCUUUUGGGCAGCCCCUCUGCCAGAUCAGCAGCUUCCUCACGGCGCUCAACAUGUACGCCAGCGUGUUCAGUCUGAGCAUGCUCAGUGUGGAGCGGUACUGGGUUCUGACUGGGAGACGCCACUCCAGCCACCACGCCCCACAGAGCUGCCCCAGCAGGGCAUUGUGGGUACUUGGAGGGGUGUGGGUGCUGGCAGGGGUGCUGGCACUUCCUGGUUUGCUGCUGCGCUCUGUCAGGGAGCUGGACCCUGAGUCUUAUUAUGAUUAUGAAGAAAUUCAUCCUACCACUGACUCUGGAUCAGUCAUCCUCAUCUGCCAGAUGGAUUACUCCAUGCUGAUUGGAGCAGAUCUAGAGGAGGCGGAUCGAGAGAGGGCAGAGGUGUGGUGGGCGGCUGCUUUGAGUCUUAAAUCAACUCUAAUUGGCUUCCUGCUUCCUCUUGUCAUAUUGCUGGUCUGCUACUGCUCAUUGGCCCAGCUCCUCAGCAGACAUUUUGGACGGGGCCCUCGCCCUGACCGCAGGCGCCAGCGAAGACUCCUCAGGGUCAUCGUCACUCUAGUAAUGGCUUUCUUCCUGUGCUGGCUGCCCCUGCAUGUUAAUAAGACUGUCUCCAUGCUGCUGGAGUUUGGUUAUGUCCCGUACUCCUGCUUUUUGGAUCAGAUUUUACUGGCUGCUCAGCCGUACGUCACAUGUUUAGCUUAUCUCAACUCCUGCCUUAACCCUCUACUGUACGCUGCCUGCGACCCCUCGUUCAGGAAGAGGUGCAGGGGAGCCCUUCUCUUGUUGUGCAGGUCAAGCAGGAGGGGGGGAGAGGGAAGGGAGGGGAAGAAGGAUGAAGGAGAGGAAGAGAAAGAGGAAAGGAGUUCAGCUUGUCCCACAAGAACACAAGAGGAAACAGCAGAUAGGACAGAGGAGGGAGAAGAGGAGAGGCUGAGCGGGAUGAUUGCUGAGAUAACUGCUUGA